ACAAAUUAAUUGUUUCAUGCAUUCAUAGGUAUAUUCCUUCAAUAUUUAGCAAGUGCGUACUGUAUACAUAGGUACUAACCUGUCCCCUUUGCACCCUAAGAUCAUUCCUCUCCUCUUUCUCCUUAUCUUCCUUCUUUCCCAUCCUAUUUCAUUCUCCCUUUCCUUGUGCCAGAAUGAGACUGAGUGUCCUACAAGGCAGGACUCAGAGACACGGAACAGACAGUGGAAAUAGACACCAUGGAAGGAAGCCAGUUGCAGUAAGGGCAAAGAAACUAUUACCUACAGAGAGGGAUCACCCAGAAUGAAAAGGGGUGAUUCACAGAGCACAGCAACUCAGGCACUCCUUGGGUUUCACUUUGAAAGCUGCUGCGAGAUUGGAGUCAAAGAGGGCUGGCAUUGAGAUAAAGGACAGCCUAGCUCCUCCUCCCUGGGGAUGUGGUGCCCAUCCAUCCCUCCCCUUAAGCAUCUUCUCCCCACCCCACCCCCACUACUCUCACGCUGACCUGUGUCCUGUGCUUUUAAGAACUAGGUGGGCUGGACCAAGGAGCGAGCUCGCUUCUUCCCGCUCAACUCCUUUCCUCUGGCUGUAACUCUGCCAGCCACAGCAGCAAACUGCAGUAGAAGAGAGAGAGGGGAGGAAGCCAGUGAGUGCAAGAGGAGCAAAACAUAAAAGGAGCCAGGCUGGGCUUCUUCGUCCCACGGUAAAGAAGAUCAGACAGCCAGGGAGGCAAAGCUCGGAAACAACUGAACUGCUAUCCUGCUAUCCUGCCCACGGUGACUCUGGUGCCAGCUGGUGGAGCUGUGGAUGAUGGCGUCCCUGCUGCAAGGACCCCGGCUGCCUGCUGAUCAGGACCUGCUGCUGAUGCAGGAAGGCACGCUGAUGCGCAAGGUGAGGUCCAAAAGCUGGAAGAAGCUGAGAUUCUUCAGACUUCAGGACGACGGCAUGACAGUCUGGCAUUCGCGGCAGGCCGGGUGGAGCCCCAAGCCCAGCUUCUCAAUCUCUGAUGUGGAGACAGUGCGUGAGGGCCACGAGUCUGAGUUGCUGCGCAGCCUGGCAGAGGAGUUUCCCCUGGAGCAGGGCUUCACUGUUGUCUUCCAUGGUCGCCGCUCCAACCUGGACCUGGUGGCCAACAGUGCUGAGGAGGCUCAGAUCUGGAUGCGGGGGCUCCAGCUGCUGGUGGCCAUUGUCACCAGCAUGGACCAACAGGAGCGGCGGGACCAAUGGCUGAGUGACUGGUUCCAGCGUGGAGACAAAAAUCAGGAUGGUCGGAUGAGUUUCCAAGAAGUUCAGCGGUUACUGCACCUGAUGAAUGUGGAAAUGGACCAAGAGUAUGCCUUUCAGCUUUUCCAGGCUGCAGACAAGUCCCAGUCUGGGACUCUGGAGGGAGAAGAAUUUGUGGAGUUCUAUAAGGCAUUGACUAAACGGGAUGAGGUGCAAGAACUGUUUGAAAACUUUUCAGCUGAUGGGCAGAAGCUGACCCUGCUGGAAUUUGUGGAUUUCCUCCGAGAGGAGCAAAAAGAGGGAGACCGAGCUUCUGAUCUUGCUCUGGAACUCAUCGACCGUUAUGAGCCUUCAGAUAGUGGCAAACACCGGCACGUGCUGAGCAUGGAUGGCUUCCUCAGCUACCUCUGCUCAAGGGAUGGAAACAUCUUCAACCCAGCCUGCUGUCCUAUCUACCAGGAUAUGACCCAACCCCUGACUCACUACUACAUCAACUCUUCUCACAACACCUACCUAGUGGGGGACCAGCUUUGUGGCCAGAGCAGCGUCGAGGGAUAUAUACGGGCCUUGAAGCAGGGGUGCCGUUGUGUGGAGGUGGAUGUAUGGGAUGGACCUAGUGGGGAACCCAUCGUUUAUCACGGACACACCCUGACAUCCCGCAUCCUGUUCAAAGAUGUUGUGGCCACAGUGGCUCAGUAUGCCUUCCAGACAUCAGACUACCCAGUCAUCUUGUCCCUGGAGAACCACUGCAGCUGGGAGCAGCAGCAGACCAUGGCGUGCCACCUGACUGAGAUCCUGGGCGAUCAGCUGCUCAGCACCACCUUGGACGGGCUGCUUCCCACUCAGCUACCCUCGCCUGAGGAGCUUCGGAGGAAGAUCCUACUGAAGGGGAAGAAGUCAAGGACACUCGAGGAGGAUCUUGAGGAAGAGGAGGAGGAGGAGGAGGAGGAGGAAGAGGAGGAGCCAGAGCCUGAUUCUGAGCCUGAGCCUGAGCCUGAGUCUGAGCCCCAGCUGAGCCCUCGGAGUAUGGACAAAAAGAAGGAGAAGGUUGUGAUGUGUCUAUUUUUUUUCGCCUACCUGUUGCUGUCAGACCAUGGCCCAGGCUUGUUUCACCAUGCCUGGGUCCCUUCUCCUGCCCAAGUAGGUGAGAAAUCCAAGGCCACCUUGUGUCCAUCCCUCUCUGCCCUGGUUGUCUACUUGAAAAAUGUCCCGUUCCGCAGCUUUACUCAUUCAAGGGAGCACUAUCGCUUUUACGAGAUCUCAUCCUUCUCUGAAACCAAGGCCAAGAGCCUCAUCAAGGACGCUGGUAAUGAGUUUGUGCAGCACAACACCUGGCAGCUAAGCCGCGUGUAUCCAAGUGGCCUGAGGACAGACUCAUCCAACUACAACCCCCAGGACUUCUGGAAUGCAGGCUGUCAGAUGGUGGCUAUGAAUAUGCAGACUGCAGGGCUUGAGAUGGACAUCUGUGAUGGGCUCUUCCGCCAGAAUGGCGGCUGUGGCUACGUGCUGAAGCCAGACUUCCUGUGUGAUGCCCAGAGUUCUUUCCACCCUGAGAGGCCCAUCAGUCCUUUCAAGGCCCAGACACUCCUGAUCCAGGUGAUCAGUGGUCAGCAACUCCCCAAAGUGGACAAAAACAAAGAAGGGGCCAUCGUGGAUCCACUGGUGAAAGUGGAGAUCUUUGGCAUCCGCUCUGACACAGCCCGACAGGAGACCAGCUACGUGGAGAACAAUGGUUUUAAUCCAUACUGGGGGCAGACACUAUGCUUCCAGGUCUUGGUGCCUGAGCUCGCCCUGCUGCGUUUUGUGGUAAAGGAUUAUGACUGGAAAUCCCGAAAUGACUUUGUUGGUCAGUACACCCUGCCUUGGACCUGCAUGCAACAAGGUUAUCGUCACAUAUACCUUCUCUCCAAGGAUGGUACCAGCCUUCACCCAGCUUCCAUCUUUGUGCACAUCAGUAUCAGAGAAGGGCUGGAAGGGGCUGAAGCCUGAGGUGGGCACUUCCCAGGGAGGGAGAGUGCACUGGCUUCACACAGGGAGUAAACCUGGAAGGAUGCUCCAGAGAGCGCCUUUGUGCAUUCCUAGUCUCAAAAUUACCUCCCCCUUCCAAACAAGCAAAUCUAGGACUUGAUUUCUCUCCUUCUUUCUCUUCCUUUCCCUUGUUUUCACAAGCCUUUGGUAUCUUUCCUUCUGUAUUCUAUACAGGAAUGUCCUCCUUUCUUUUGCUGUAGCCUCAAUCCCAUACCCAGAUCUAGGUCUAAUCUCUCUCAUCAACCCUGGCUCAAAAGUGGAUUUCAACUAGAAACCCAGGGAGGAGCCUGGGGCAGAGAAACCCAAAAAGGCAUUAUCUCCUCCACCCCUAACUUCCUCAAAGCCAAGAGCCAAGAAAAGGAUGAAUCAAGGUUCAAGGCUCCCCAGGCAAAACGGGAGACCUGACUGCAGGAUUCUACUGAGACCAUGAAGAAUACAUGGCACAAUCCUCCAAGUCCCCACUGGACUACUCCUCUCUAGCCCCAACUGUAUAUAAACAGAGCUUCUCUUUCUGGUUUUACUUGGUUAUGGUCUGUCACUGCUGUCCAGAGAAGGUACAAGGGUUGGGGGACAUUUGGGUAGACAUGUGGGGCAGGGAAAGGUAGAAAAACAAGAGAUUACCAGAGGCAACCCUUCCCUCACUACAUGUGCCACACAGGAAGGGUAUAGAACAGCUUCUAAAUGUAAAAGGAGGAGACAAAGGGUUAUGUGGACCCAGCCCUCCUCAAGAGUUUCCUGGAAUAGUCAUGUUUUAUGUCAGCUGUCCCAGCAUAAUUAUUAACAGUAUCCUCUUUAAUUUCCCCAAGUAUCCCAGUUUAGAUGAUCAAUUACAUAGUCAUUGUGAAUUCUAGAUUGGAGACUCACUCUCCAAUCAUCUGCCUUUCACACUAUCCUGUGCUUUAAUGCCUUAGUGGAGCCGCUAAGCCAAUCUGAGGACUGAUGCUGAAUUAAAGCUGUUUUCUGGAGGAGGCUUAGUGGUGGUAACCUUCCCUCAACAGGGACUGAGGGGCUCAGAGGUAGGAAGCAGGGCCAGGGCUAAGACAGGCUUAGAGAGGCAGACCUGGGCCUGUUUCAGGAUCAAUCACUGAGUGAAAAGGAAGGGGACACAGAGAGGGAGGUCUGAGAGGGGACAGGUCAGAUCGAGAUGAUAGUUAAGAAAUGUUAAGACAGGGAUUUUGAUAAACCUAUAAGCUAGUAAUCAUUUUGUGUUUAACAUACUUUAUAGAGCAUUGCACAC